AUGUCUUCAGACGUACAAGAUAUGCUCGCCACUCGAAAGCAAGUGGAGGAUGAGAUUGCUACGCAUGCACAGGCCAUCAUCGACCUCCGAGGUCGUCUGAACACCAUGACCUCCAUUGCCCGUUUACCCCCUGAACUCCUCUCAGAAGUCUUCCUCCACGUAGUGAGGGACUCCUACUACACGGACAUGUCCCCCAACUACCCCCCUUACGGCACUGCGCGUUUCUACAACUGGGUCAAGGUCUCUCAUGUGUGUCGCAGCUGGCGCGCAAUCGCCCUCGGCACCCCUCGACUAUGGGGGCAUAUCAUUCUCACCAAACGGCCCGUUGUGGAAGAUAUCCUCGCCCGGUCGAAGAAAGCGCCACUGCUGGUCCGCGCUUGCAUCUUGUCUAGCACAGACGAGCGCGCGCAGCUUCUCGAGAAUGUGCUGCAAGACUCCUCGCGGCUACAGGAGCUCCGUCUCUCGGGGCCGGCUCGCCUUCUUCAAGAGCUAUGCCCGAAACUUACGGGGCCUGCUGGCAAACUCGAGACGUUGGUGCUCGCAGAAAACGCUGCCUACAGCCACGCCUACACUCCCAAUGUCGGUGACACUGCUCUUUCCGCCGCGCUGUUCGAAGGACAACUCCCGCUCCUCCGCUCUCUCGAAAUCCGCCGACUCGUUUUCAACUGGAAGAACCCUGUCCUAUCCUCAACUCUCACGAGCCUUGUCUUGGCCGGUCGUUUCGACUCGCAGUCGAUGCUCGGAUCCUUCGACCAGCUUCUGGUCACGCUCGAGACCAUGACACACCUGGAGUCCCUGGAGAUCGAGGAUGCCAUCCCCCGCCUUCCGUCUGAAACUGUGGCACUUCCGACGCCUGAGCGUAAAGUCGCUUUACCACGCUUGCGCUGUAUUGCCUUAACAGGGCAGUGCCUGGAUUGCGCGAACCUAGCCCAACACCUCUCUUUGUCCCCGACGGCUCGCGCAGCACUCGUAGGCCGUGGCAGCAACAACAGCCGCGAGCUGAUCCGCAUCAUGGGCGAGCAUAUAGCCCGUUACAAGCCUCUCCUUACCGCGCGUAUCUCAUCCUCAUAUAACGCCCAACUUCACCUGCGAGGCUGGCGUGCUUUAGUGGACCCCAGUGCCGCGCCGGAGCCGUGUAUCGAGCUGCGCAUCGACGCGCUGAGCUACCCCUCCCUGGCCAGCCAUCUUGUGCACGACACUAAGGUGCUCGCGCAGGUCCGCACCCUCGAGAUUGCGUCGCAGUAUACCGACUGGCGCUGGAAGGUCGUCUUCGCUGGGAUGCCAAAGCUGCGGACCCUGUCCAUGUCCUACAACCCAGGGGAAGAGUUCAUCAGCGCGCUUUCGAAGGUCUUACGGGGCAAGAAGGGCCGGUCGCCGUCGAUGAUUCUCCCGGACCUGCGCGUGGUCAAGUUCACCCAAACCCGGAUGUGCAGGGGGGACUACGACGAAGAUGAGGACGGGCCGGACUUCCUCGACCGGCUCGAGGACUGGCUCAUCAUGCGCUGCAACUACAACCUCCCCAUCGACGAGCUUUACCUGGCUGGGUGUACGAACUUCACGGAGGACGAGAUGGACCGGCUCGUCGGCCUCGUCCCGACACUCGACUGGGACGGGAUGGUGGAGUUCGACAGCGGCAGUGAAGAAGACGAGGACGAGGACGAAGACGAAGAAGACGAGUAUGACGAUCCGUACUACGAUGACAUGAUCGACUACGACUACGACUUUGACGGCGGCUACGAUGGCGACUUCUUUGGGUUCUAUUGA